AUGACUUUUUGUAGAGAAUUUUUUUUUUUGUUGUACUUUUUUAAUUAUAUUUUGUAUGUUCCAUGUAUAACAUCUAAAAGGGAAUUAUUGUCAGGUGUUCCCUUGAGUGAUAAAGAAAUAAAUAAACUUUUGUCUAUUAAUACUAUACAUAAUUUAAAGGAAUAUAUUACCUUUAUUAAGUUUAAGUAUGCAAUGACAAAAAAAGCUAGUGUACAUUUUAAAAAUAUUACUACCGAGAAGAAGCAAAUUCUAUUAGAGACUAAAGAUGAUUUAGUUAAUGUUCUGAGAGAGAACUCAGAAAAAAAUAAUAAAUCCCCUUUGUCAGAAUUUUAUAUUCUAGAUAUAGCUGAAUACAUUAUUAAUGAUUUAUAUGAAACAAAUGAGCCAAAACGAGUAGAGCAAGAAGUGUAUAACGAAAUAUGUGCUUCUUAUAGGGACGACUACUAUGAAUACAGGGAUAGACAAUUUGAUGCAGCUUUUGAAAAUAUGCAUAGUAAUUGGGCUAACAAUAAAUUAACACAAAAUAUGGAUCCUCAGUGGAAAAAGGAAAAAUGGACUAUUUGGGUUCAUUAUUUUAGUGAUAUCUUAAAUACACUAAGACACAAGGACGACCUACUUCAUACAUCCAUUCUUCAUUUAAAAACAAUAUCAAAUUCGUGCAAAGAAGUUUACAGUUCUUUAAAAUAUUCUUUAAUAGAUACAUAUAAAACACCUUUUCUAUCUGAGUAUAAUAAAUUUCUUCAAUCGUCCAUUGAUAAGUGGACAGCACAAACGGAAAAACUUGCAAAGCAAAAGAAUGAGAAAGAUAAAGAAGCGUUUAAGGGGCUAAAUCAACGCCAGUGA